AUGGCACAGAGUGACUUCCUCUACCCAGAGAACCCAAGGAGGCGGGAAGAAGUACACCAUCUUCACCAACAGCUCCUUGACUGCUUAUCUGACAGUUUCCGUGCCACCAAUGAACUGAUUGGAGUUUUAAAUAUGCAUUUGGGGUGUGGGCUGGCCUCCAUUGAGAUGAACAGAAAUGGGACCAUCAAAGAAAACUGUGAUACCAUUAUCCAAGCCAUGAUGGAAAUCCAAAAGGAAUUGCAAAAGGUUGACGAAGCACUAAAAGAUAAACUAGAGCCAACCCUUUAUAGAAAACUUCAGGAUGUUAAGGAAAGGGAAACAGAGAAAAUUGCAAUCGUACAAAAGGUUAUUUCAGUCAUCCUGGGAGAAGCCACUUCUGCAGCCAGUGCAGUGGCUGUUAAACUCGUGGGCUCAAAUGUCACAACUGGCAUAAUUAACAAGUUGGUCACUGUGUUAGCUCAGAUUGGUGCUUCUCUCCUUGGUAGUAUAGGAGUUGCUGUUCUUGGCCUUGGCAUAGAUAUGGUCUUCCGUGCCAUCCUAGGAGCAGUGGAGAAAACGCAACUACAAGCAGCCAUCAAAAGUUAUGAGAAGCAUCUGGUGGAAUUCAAGUCAGCCUCAAAAAAAUAUCAUCAUACCAUUACUGAGGUCACCGAUACAGUGAAACACCAAAUAAAAUAA